AUGACGGCAAUGAAAGAAAAUCUCAACUCGGUAUUCGACCCAGCAGGGCAAGGUCUCGGGCCCGACGUGCUCGAGAUUCUCGAAUCCAUCCUACGCCUACACUCCAUUACACCCGACGAACUCUUCAUCAAAUGGGAGGUCUACUCUCUAAAGAUGGGCUCGGAAGAGACGAAACUCGACCUCCCUACAGCCCGAAUGUUUGCCAAGGACGUUCAAGAUGCGGUUGAAAGGGGUUUACAAGACCGAAACCAGAAACAUACGGGUGGUCGAGCGCCUGGGUCGGAGCGGAAGAGUGCAGUACAUGCUACACCUCGGACGGUGGGCAAUGGAGAUGUUUUUGGAAUGCUUGACGAAUUGACCCCCAAUGCACUCCCACGAAGAAAUGGAAGUAUAAAGCGGAAAGCAGAUUUCGACUCUCCCAUGCCUAAAAAGAUUAAUCGUCCAGACACGGGCAAGACCCCCAGUAAGACUGCGGGCAAGACUGAUGGGCCUACCGGCAUGCCAUUCUCGCAAAGACCGAAUGCUGGCCAGAUCGUCGAAACACUCAACGAUCAACUCGCAGCUGCAGAAGCACCCAUCGCCCCAUUCUCCGAAGCUCGCAUCAAGUUAAUGGCCAAUACAGAUUGGAAGAAAUUUGCCUACAAGCCCAUGUCAAUGCGCCUCUCCGACUCAUCAGAAGCCCUGGACGAACGAAUUGACGACUUUUCAAACUUGAUACAAAAUUUCCAUUCUCUGGAAGAUGCCGCGUUUGGAAAUGCCGCCGCUCAAAGUACGAGUGAGAUUAUCGCGGUGGGAAGAAUUGCUUCAGACACGGCGGAAGCCAAGUUGAAUGCUGCUUCGGUGGUGUUGGAGAUGUCGAGGAAGAUUGGGGCGGGAAUUCGAAUUCCAUUGAAGCUUGAUGCUCUUCCUUCCUAUCAAUUCUUCCCAGGUCAGAUCGUGGCACUAAGAGGGACGAACGCUUCGGGACUUUACUUUUCGGUCAAGGAAGUGCUUACCGUCCCUCGACUGCAUAUGCCUUCAUCGACACCGCAAGCGAUUGAGGCAUUGAACGAACGACUGGACGCGUCAGAGGGAUCUUCUUCUCCACCACUGAAUAUCAUGAUCUCAUCUGGACCUUUCACCGCCGAAGACAAUCUUGACUAUGAGCCAUUCAAGGCGAUAUGUGAGAAAGCCGAAGAAACGAUGGCCGAUGCGUUGAUCUUAUCCGGACCAUUCAUUGACAUCGAACACCCCAUGAUCGCAGCCGGGGAAUUCGAACUCCCACUCACAGCACGCGGUCAAGAUCAGGAAGCAAGCAUGAUAUCCCUUUUCAAACAGUGGAUCUCAGCACCCUUGCAACGACUCACCUCGGCAGUCCCCAGCAUCACCGUCCUCCUAGUGCCCAGCGUGCGGGACGCCAUCAGCAAACACGUCAGCUGGCCACAAGAACGACUGGCUAAAGCGAAUCUCGCCCUCCCCAAACAAGUCAGCAUGCUCCCGAACCCAUGCUUCAUAUCACUGAACGAAGUUGUCUUCGGAAUUUCCUCACAGGACAUUUUGUACGAACUCAGUCGUGAACAAUUGUCACAAGGUGCUGCGUCAGAUCUUUUGACGAGACUACCUGGAUAUCUUAUUGAGCAAAGACAUUUCUUCCCACUGUACCCGCCCAUGUCGCGCGAUAAAUUGACGGGGAAUGGUGUGGUGAAACCCACGGGUGCGUGUCUGGACCUGGGGUACUUGAAGCUCGGGGAGUGGUUGCAGGUCAAGCCUGAUAUCCUGGUUCUGCCCAGCAUGUUGACUCCGUCUGUCAAGGUCGUUGACAGCGUCAUGGUGAUCAACCCAGGCCAGUUGUCCAAGCGAAAAGCGGCGGGGACGUAUUCUCAGGUGUCGCUACAUCCUCAAACGGUGGCUGAGGAGGAGAAGGCGUCCAAGACCAUUACCCACAAUGUGUUUGAUCGUGCCAGGGUAGAUGUUGUACGGAUAUAA